AUGGAGGAGCCCGCUGAGGUCGAGGGUGCACUUGUGGAUGGUUUGCUGGGAGUGCGGCUCACUGGCGUUAUGGCUGUAAUCUCUGGGAUCGUCUGUGAGCUCGACCGGCUGCUAUAUGUGAGGAAGCCGGUACUUGAAAAGAUACUGCUGGGCGGUAAAAGGUUGGAGGUACUGAGCGAUUUCUGCGAGGACGUCGUCGAGGAGAUGCUGACGCUCGUAGCCGAAAGGUCACUCGAAACCGUCAAGGAGCUGUCUGUGCCGGCUGGUUCCCCCGAGGCGUCUGUGCUCCGGCUGCUCGUGACAGUAACAGAGUGGGUGCUUGUAACAGUCACGACGUUAUCCGCACCGUCGUUCAGAGUGUAUAAGGAGAGGCAAUUGGCUCCAUCACAGACCUGCAAGCCAUCACCUACAGAAGUCAUGUUGCAACUCGUAGUGCUCAUCUUGGCGGAGGGGGGUGGCAUGUUGACACCACAAAAGCCUGAUGAAACAGAAGAUGAUACCUUGUCAGCUUUCUCGCUGUCAAGGUCGAGAGCAGAGAAGGAAGGGAUUUCUUGA